GCAAAUAAAGUCUUUACUAUUUAUUUACAAUUAUGGUAAUUAUUCAGAGGAGAAAAAAAAAUAGAUAUAUAGUUUAGUAUAAAUAAAACAAAGGCAUAACUUUGAUUGUUUAAAUUAUUUUACAUAUCAUAUUAGGAAAAUGCAUCAGGCUUUCAUUAAGUAAAAAUAUUAAACAUAAGAAUUUAGAGAGCUCCUAUGUUUUUUAGUGAUUUAUAUAUAAUUGAAAAAGAUGAAUUCAUUUUGUUAUUUAUGAAAAAUGACUGUUUUCUAUUAGAAAACUUAAGAAUCUCUGAUGCCUCUUAAACAAAAAAAAAAGUUUCAAUAAAAAAAAACGACUUGCAUUUUUGAAGAUGUACUUAGGAUUUCGAAAUCUAUGAUGAUUUUCUUUCACAAUUCACUAUAAUCUUAAGGUGCGAAACUACUUCUGUUGUUUGAGUCAACCAGAAUACGAAUUGUAUUUUCAUUGAUGACUGUUUAAUCAUGAAAUUUUCAAGAGGAUUAUUUAUAGUUACGCUGAGAACAAUUACUUAAUAAAAUAGGCAAAGCUGUUUUCACAUGAAAUUUUGUGGUGAAGACUGAACUAUGUAAACAUGAUACGACUUGUUUUCUAUGUUGAGAUAUUCUGACUAAUAUAAUUCUUCUUAGAGGCAAAUCUUCAAUUUGCUUAGAAGGAAAUAAUAUAAUUAAAGUUUUAUUUUAAUUUUAGGGAUGCUGCUGGUCAAGAACGUUAUCGUUCUCUAAUACCAUUCACUCUUCAGGAUGUUGUCGGUUGUUUGGUAGUGUUUGACUUAACGAAUGAAGCAUCAUUUCUUCAUGUACGCAAUUGGAUAGAUAAAAUACAAAACAAUGUCUAUUCAGAAACUGCUAUGAUACUUGUUGGCAAUAAAUGUGAUUUAGAAAAGGAACGUGUUAUAUCAAAAGCUUGUGCAGAAGAUUUAGCUAAAGAAUAUAAUAUUAAUUAUAUUGAAACAAGUGCAUUAAAAAAUAUUAAUGUAGUAGAAUCAGUUAAAUUAUUACUGGAUAUAAUUAUGGAGCGGUUUGAACAAAAUAAAAAUAAAUCUAAACCUAAUCAAUCUAUAAUUCCAUGGUUAAACGAUAAUAAAAAUUAUCCAAACUUAAUUGGAUGUCCAAUAAGAGAAUCAAAAAUAUCUACGUGCUGA